AAAGUUUAAAUACGCAUUUGACCAAAUACUACAUUGUCAGCAAAUCAUGGGACCAACUAACGUAAUAGCUAUCAAUCUUACCAUCUUCCAUGCACCUGUUUUUCAAGGUUUGAAACAUGCUGGCCAGCUCUGAUGAAGGACUCUCACGGCGUAAUAAUAAUCUUCAAUCCUGAGCUGCCCAGUCACCUGAAAGAAAUUGAAAUGUGGUACUCCUGUUUUGUGCAGCAGCAGCCACUGCUUGAUAGUCAGUGUCUCCUAGUUGCACAUCACAAGCCAGGCAGUGUGGGGGACACAGAAAAUCUGUCCUUGGCUUACCCGCUGAACAAGCUGAAACUAAUACAUUCCAACUUAGAAGAAGAUCCUGAAGAUGUUCGGAUGGAAUUUAUUAAAUACUUCAGAAGCAUUAUCACCUUCAUAAAUGAGAGCAGAGAGAGGGAAGAAAUGUCAAUUAUCUCAUAACAUUAAAAGAAAUACUGAACAGGGGAGAAAAAAGGAUUAUUUUAACUUUGUAAGCUACACUAGGCUGUGAACAGGUCCUCACAAUGGGAAUUUGCCAGCCUAUAAACACUUCAGAGAAAAUACCACAAUUUAUGACUUAACCAGAAAAAGCCAAGUACCAACAUCAGAUGGACAGUGGUGCCAAAGAGAUGGCUGCACAUCCAGGGAUUUGGGUAACUUUAGCUGCACUUUGGUUUCACUUGGCAUCAGAGGUAGAGGAAGGUAUUGUUUAGUAUGUUUGUGUGGACCAAAAAAUAAAGGUAUCGGUCAUCCCUUCACUUCAGAAUCCCUUUUUGUAGAGGUGCUAAGAGAAGAAAGCCAGACAGAACGUAAGAUUUGUGGAGUUCUGUUGAAGCAUCCGAGUAAAGUGCUCAUGCUAGCUGUGUUCCUGGGGAAGUUAUGCUUUUGGAAAUCAGUACAAACUGAUUGGAAUAGAGAUCUGAGAAGUAGUCGUGGUGUGGAAUCCACAUUUUUAUGAUCCAAGUUCUUAUCUUUCUGUCCAGCAUCUGAAGACAGCACAUUUCAGAGCUAUUGCCUUGGCAAGACAGAAUAGGUUGCAG